AUGACAGUCAUGACUGCCAUCUACGGAGUUUCAUUCGUCCUCCUUUGCGUCGUAAUGUGGUUCUUUCCAGAACCCAAGCUCUCCGCCGUGUGCGGCAUCUUGAUUCUGAUCGGCUGGGACGUCACCUUCCACUUGCGGGAGAUCAUCGCAGUGCAAAAGGAGCAACUACAAGAGCAUCAGACUGCCAAGUUGACGACAGACAAGAUUGAUGAGUAUACCACUCUAUACGGAACUCUUGUCGAAAAGGUCCUUGUCUUGAACAGGGACCUUCUCUUCCAAAACCAGGAGAUUCUUGCUCAUUCAAAGGAGAAACUUGCCCACGACAAGGACAAGCUGUCUCAGGAGAAGGAGACCCUUCCCCAAUUCAAGGAGAUCGUUGCCAUGCAAAAGGAGAUUCUGGGCUCGAGGAAAGAGAGGGCUGACCAAAAGGGCAACGCGGGCUUGGCCCACGAGAAGGAGACACUUAACCAAUACAAGGAAACUGGAAGCGUGCACAGGGAGUUACUUGAUCAAUGCAGAGAGAUACUUGGCUGCCAGAGACGUCUAGUGUUGACAACGGACAGAAGUGCGGUUCUACAGUUGAGGAUGGGGGAUAUGGUGAUGGUACAGUUGAGGCAGUUGGAUGUGUUACUCAGGAAAUUGGGAGUGGAGGUGAGACCUCCUUUACCGCCUGGAGCUGGUCUUAGACCAAGCAGGCCCGGAGACCAUGCGCAAUGA